UGACAUGGUGACAGAACAGAAAAACCAAAAAAGAGAGAUGGUCAGGUAUAGCAUCAGUCAUAAACACCAGUUCCAAUGUAAAAGCCAUUGAUGGCAUAUACCCAAUUACAUGAUGUCACACAUAAUGCAAGCAUUGUGGAAAAGGAGUCACCUUCAAGAAGCUCCCAGACUUGUUCAGUCUAACCCAACUCACUUGGACCAUUACUAUUGCUUGUAUAUGAAGAUUCUGCAACUCUGCAUCGAUCAACGAGUAGAAAGACCCGGUCUUUUGGCUCACACCCAUGUGAUCACAAAUGGGUUUGCUUCAAAUCUGAAUUUGAACACCAAAUUGAUCAACUUUUACUGCAAAUUUGGCCGCGUGGUUGGUGCUCGCAAGGUGUUCGAUAAAAUGCCUGAGAGAAAUGUUGUGUCUUGGACCUCUAUGGUUUCUGGGUAUGCUCAGAGUGGAAGCUAUGAGAAGGCUAUAGGGGUAUUUUUGGAAAUGCGUCGGGCGGGUUUCAGAGCUAAUCAGUUUGGGUAUGGGAGUGCAUUGAGGUCAUGCACUGGUUUGAGGUCUUUGGAAGUAGGGAUGCAGAUACAGGGGUGUGUUGUGAAAGGAAGGUUUGCUGAGAAUUUGUUUGUGCUGAGUGCAUUAGUUGAUUUUCAUGCCAAGUGUGGAAAGAUAGAGGAUGCUCGUUGUGUUUUCGAGGCAAUGUCGGAAAGGGACUUGGUUUCUUGGAAUGCAAUCAUUGGAGGGUAUGCUGUUCAGGGCUUUAGUGACGAUUCGUUGCGAAUGUUUCUGUCAAUGAUGAGGGAAGGCAUGGUUCCUGAUUGCUUCACCUUCGGGAGUGUUUUGAGAGGCUUGGCCGGAGAUAGUGGUUUGGUAAAGGUUAGUCAAAUGCAUGGAUUGAUAAUGCAUCUGGGUUUUGGAUCACACAAAAGUUUGAGUGGAUCGCUAAUCAAUGCAUAUGCAAAAUGUGGGAAGGUAGAGUUUGCCCAUAAGAUAUACAGAAGUAUGAUAGAAAAGGACAUUAUAUCUUGCACUGCACUAAUUACUGGGUAUGCACGAGAAGGUAACUACAGCAGAGAUGUGCUAGAUCUCUUCAAAGAGAUAACUGUUAUGAGCAUGAGACUGGAUGGUGUCAUAUUGUGCUCCAUGCUUAAUAUAUGUGCAAAUGUUGCUUCAUUGAUCUUGGGAAGACAAAUCCAUGCACUUAUGUUGAAACACCAACCUUGUCUUGAUGUGGCCAUGGGAAAUGCUCUUGUUGAUAUGUAUGCAAAAUGUGGAGAAAUUGAAGAUGCUAACCAUGCUUUUGAGGAGAUGGAGGAAAAGAAUGUAAUUUCAUGGACGUCUCUGAUUUCUGGAUAUGGAAGGAAUGGCCAUGGAGAUAAAGCAAUUGCAUUGUAUAAAAGGAUGGAACUUGAGGGAUUGAAACCUAAUGAUAUCACAUUCUUAUCUCUUCUCUUUGCUUGUAGCCAUACUGGAUUGACAAGUGAAGGAUGGGAAUGCUUCAAUACUAUGCUUAGCAAAUACAACAUCUUGCCUCGGGCUGAGCAUUUUUCUUGCUUAGUAGAUCUUUAUGCACGUGCAGGUUUGCUGGAAGAUGUGCAUAAGUUGAUAUGUGACGUGAACAUUAAGCCUAAUCCCUCACUUUGGGGAGCUGUUCUUGGGGGAUGUAGCACCUAUGGUAAUAGGUCACUAGGAGAAGUGGCAUCAAUGCAUCUUUGUGAUAUUGAUCCUGAGAAUUCAGUUAACUAUGUUGUUCUUGGAAGCAUCUAUGCUGCAUCUGGUGCAUGGGACAAUGCUUUGGAAACACGGGAUUUAUUAGAGAGGAGAAGUUUGAAAAAAGAACCAGCGCACAGCCUUUUACAGUCCACAACAAAUAAAAUGUUUCUUUUGCAGCCACCUUAAGACAGUAAAACUAGCAAACUUUGUUAUUCAUCUGUGGAGAGGAGCAAGGAUUUAUUAUCACACUGAUCAUGUGGAUCUUUUGCUUAUGCUCCAAGGGUUUAUUUAUCUCGUUUUACUUUUGGGAUAGCGUUGUUGUCCAACAAGGGAGUUACAUGGACCUGUUUCACACAUUGCUUGUGACACUCAGGCAUGGAAGAGGAGUCGUUGAUAUUGAUCUUAAUUUUUAAACCACCAAAGCAUGAUAAAGCGAAAUCAAGGUAAUGCUGGAAAGCAUCAGAGUGCUGAUAACCGGAUACGAGCCCUCCCCAAGUCAAUGUGAAUAUGGCCAAUUGGAUUUUUCUUUUUCCGUGUGCUGUGCUCAGUGAAUUGAUCUUAUUAUACAUCCUCCUGGCAAACAGUUAUCAGGAUUAAGAGUCAAGAAGAGAUAAGUAUUUCAACCACUAGAAGACUGUCUUGGAAUCACAGGUUUAGAUUCCAACCACUAGUACUUUCCAACCUAGUCCCUGUACUGAAAAUGUACGGAACAGGUUUAGAUUCGCACUAUGCUGCAUGGUAAUGAGUUCCCAAACUCAAUCAGCUGCUGGAAUGAUCUAGGCUGCCACAUUUACAAAAUAGUCUGACCAGAAAUAUACUGUUGCUACCUUGCUCAAGAAACCCUCAUUUCUUUUGUAUUCAGUUUCAGCAAAGAAUAUGUGGUUCUAAGAUAUGGAAGCUGCCGUCUGAUUGAUUUUGUUUGUUGAUUAUCUGAUAUCAGAGAAAGGUUUUUGGAAAACCGAUUGAGAAUACCAGAUCCGUGAUCAACUGUUCUAGUAAUAUAUGAACCCCAAAUUUAUGUGCUGUGCUUUCUAGACUUGAAAAUAGAAUACAAGUUCAUUCCUAUC